CGUAGUGCCGACUCGGGUUGUGUAUCCCCACUGACAAGAAGCUGUGGGAUUAGUGAACCAGUCUCUCUCCUUGUCUACCUGUGAAACACAUUCUCCUUUAUAACCUUCCCAGUCACGUAGACGGCGUCGCUUCUCUGUCCGGACGCUCACGGUUGUUAUACUUCCUCGAGGAAUGUUGUUAUUAUUAUCCGAGGCUUUGAGCGGAGCUGGGAAACUAACUUGCCAGCUGAGCUAGCUGUAGCUCGCUAGCGCACAACCGGGCUCGACUCGACGACAUAACAGGCUACCGCCGCCGCUGCUUUGGGAACACGGUGUGCCCACAGUGUCAGAACGACCCGGCUUCCCCCGAAGACACGGACAUUCUGAUGGUAUCUCUAGUCCGGUUUAUCUCUGGAUGUCCCCAUUGUUGUGUAACCUUCCGCUCCGAUCGUGGCACCCGCUCCCCUUGCUAGCAGCCCCGGUGUGUUCGCAGCGUUAGCAGAGCCCCGCUCUCCCUGCGCCGGCUAAAAAUACACGUCUGGUCCCAUGUUCUGCGCCCGUCCAAAAGUGGUGGGUUGGUCCUCGUUGGACUUGUCUUCGUCUUUUCUGGUCACCUCGCUCGUAGUUUGACGCUCUACAUGGUCACUACCGUGGAUUCAAGGCGACUGGAAGAGCGAGUCGGACCCCGACGUUGUGAGCCGAGCUGGGCCGAUCUACCGUUCCAUCACAGCGGCUGGUGGGCUUCGGGUCUUUGGCUGAUCGGUGGCCGGACAUCGCUUCGCCCCAAUGGCCGUGUCCUGCUUCUAGCGGCAAUAUAACAAGCCUUGGUCCCAGCCCAGGUUUGCCAGACCGAAACCUAUAAAGGUCAGAGAAAGACGCUUUGUUUCCACUGUCAACUGGCUGAGCUCCACGGGACGCAGGACACCAUGUCGGAGGACAACAACGCAGACAAGUUCAUUAAGGAAUCAUCGAUUCUGGACGAGUACAAUAUAAACUGGACACAGAAGCUGGGAGCCGGCAUCAGUGGACCAGUCAGAGUUUGUGUGAAGAAGUCGACUCAGGAACGCCUGGCCCUGAAGAUCCUCAUCGAUCGCCCCAAGGCCAGAAAUGAGGUGCGUCUCCAUAUGAUGUGUGCCAACCACCCAAACAUAGUGCAAAUCCUGGAGGUUUACGCUAAUAGUGUCCAGUUCCCACAUGAGUCUAGUCCAAGAGCGAGGCUUCUCAUAGUUAUGGAGAUGAUGGAAGGCGGUGAACUGUUCCACAGAAUCAGUCAGCACAGGCACUUUACUGAAAAGAUGGCCAGCGAGGUCACUAAACAGAUCAGUCAAGCCUUGGAACACUGUCACUCCCUUAAUAUUGCGCAUCGUGACCUGAAGCCAGAGAACCUGCUCUUCAAGGACAACUCUCUAGACGCGCCUGUGAAGCUGUGUGACUUUGGCUUUGCCAAAAUAGAUCAAGGCGACCUGAUGACCCCUCAGUUCACCCCUUACUACGUAGCACCUCAGGUACUUGAGGCUCAAAGAAGACACCAGAAGGAAAAGUCUGGAAUUAUACCUACCUCACCCACUCCUUACACCUAUAACAAGAGCUGUGACUUGUGGUCUCUUGGCGUGAUAAUCUACGUAAUGUUGUGUGGCUAUCCCCCGUUUUACUCCAAACACCACAGUCGCACAAUCCCAAAGGACAUGAGGAAGAAGAUUAUGACGGCCAGCUUUGACUUCCCUGAAGACGAGUGGAGCCAGAUCUCAGAGAUGGCCAAGGACAUUGUUCGCAAGCUGCUGAAGGUGAAGCCAGAGGAGAGGCUGACUAUUGAGGGAGUCUUGGAUCACCCGUGGCUCAACUGCACCGAGGCGCUAGACAAUGUGCUGCCGUCCGCCCAGAUGAUGAUGGACAAGGCUGUAGUCGCAGGUAUCCAGCAGGCCCAUGCAGAGCAGUUGGCCAACAUGAGGAUUCAGGAUCAUAACGUCAGCCUGAAGCCUCUAAACUCUGUCAACAACCCGAUCCUCAGGAAGCGGAAACUUUUUGGCCCAAAGCCCAGUGAUGGUUUCUUCAUUCACGACCCAGAGAACGGAGGGGAAGACUCCAACGUAGCGCUGGAAAAAUUACGAGACGUCAUUGCACAGUGUAUAUUACCACAAGCUGGAGAGAACGAGGACGAGAAGCUGAACGAGGUGAUGCACGACGCCUGGAGGUUCAACAGAGACUGUAAACAGCUGAGAGAAGGUCUGCAGGGGCUCAGCUGGGACGGACGAGCCUUCUCAGAUAAAGUGGACCGGUUGAAGUUGGCUGAAAUAGUGAAACAGGCCAUUGAAGAAAAGACGAUUCUCCAAGAAUCUCAUUAGCAGAAUUGGUUUUUCUAUCUUCUUUUUCUAUUGUUUAUUAUGACCCUUUUUAACCCAUGUCUGUAAAGACGCUUUUUAUGUAAAAGGAAAACGCUAAUUUUUUUGUUUUUCAUGAAAUCACUGGCAAGACCUAUUGUACAGCUGUAGAUAUAUUUCAAAAAUGACUCAUUGGUACUACAAUGCUUUUUUUAAAUGGACACUUGCAAAGAACAUGGAACAAAAAACUAUAUUUUCAUUUUUUCAAAAAAAAACAACAACAACAAAAGAAGUGAAAAAAUCUGUGAAAGAAAUUAUUUUCUGGGAGGGAAUUUUUAUUAGAUGUUUGUCAAAUAUAUCAUUUGUUUUUAUCCCAGUAAUUUCAUUCUCUUUUAUUUUUAUUUUAACCAUCCUAAUGACUUUAUUUAUUUAAAAAAAAAGAAAAAGAAGAAGAGUUCCAUUGUUUUCUACUUGCAGCCUGGCAGCGGGCUCUAAAGUUGAGAAGCUGUCGUCUGUGUGACUUUGUUCUUCCACACAAGCGUCUGACUCUCAGACUGUGUUUAAACUAUAUCGAUUUUAGUUCCUAGUUUUUUUGUGCAACUACACCUUUGACCUCUGUGUUAUCUGGAGGUCAAAGCGAAGUGGGAAUGGAGGUAAAAGAAAAUGUCAUGAAAUGGAAAAAAAAAUGAAACCUCAAUUUUUUGCUCAUUUUUUCACGACCCUCUUCUUAAAGCUGGCUUUCUUUCUGACUCAUGUUGAUCAACGUGUUGUUGACAAACAAAUCUUUACUAAAGGUUAAUUGACUAACCUUCUUUCUGAGCUUUUAAACGUCUCCUUCUUUCAAAGGGGGGUAUUCAGGCCCCCAUUUUGGGGUCGAAGUAUAAAAAAACCCGUAAUUGGACAUGGAGUUAAGAUUUUAUUAUAUUUGUUUAUCUCCAAGGUGAAGACUAACUUUUCAUUCUCUACUAGAUUCAUGUUGGAUUCCCAAUCGCUCAGUUCUACUGGUGUGCAUGAAGUGAGGAUGAUUCCGUUUGUCAGCUUCAGAAGUUUGUGUCCGUCGACUGAAUAAUUCCACAUAUUCGCAACAGCUUUUCGCUCGGCUGAUUAUUUAUGAUGCGAUUCUGAAAGGUCUUAAGUUCAGCGUUCGUUUAAAGCCACAAUUUGCUCCAGUUGCUUUGACGUUAAGUUGUAUCCACUGGUAUUCAGACCAGGGUCAGUGAAUAUUUAAGUGGUUUUUAAAGGACUACGAGAGCCACUCUGUGCAAUGUAAGAAAAGAUCAGUCAGCAUUCUUGAUCGGGUCCUUGAGGAUGUCAGCUUUUCUCAAACCUGCUGAAUGUGCAAUAGAGCAGUGGUUUAAACAUGUAUCCAUAAUGCAUACGUGUACAUGGCAGUGGGAUAGUGUGCAUCAGCUCGUCAGUAUUACAGACUGAACACAGUCACCCAUCUUCAGCUUCUAGUUAAUUAUUUCAUAUCUUAUCAUUGAUUAGCCAGAGUGAAAUCUUCACUGCUCUGAUAUUAUCUGAUAUUAUUUAUUCCCAGACGUGUUUAAAAGAAGGGAUUCUAGUUGAGGUGUAUGAAUGAGGCCCUGCUGGCGGCGAGCAGCAGUUAGAUGGAUUAAAGUGUUCUCUGGUUCACAUUGUUUCAAACACAUUUUGUUUAUUUCAAACAAAUCCUUGACACUUUCUUAUGAAAUUCCUCCUUUUUUUGAUUGAAAUCGUACGUUCGUGCAGAUUUAUAUCAGUGACCAUACUUCCCUGUUGAGAUGACCAUGUGAUUUUAAUCUUUUUCAUCUGAAUGAAGAAGUUUAUAUUUGCAGACAUUGGUGCAAUGCGUUUCCGGUGAAAACCACACUUCUCCAAUUCUGGUUGUUUCGGACAUUUUGAGACAAACUGGAGGAUUAGGUUCCACUUAAGGAUUCAACGGAAUUCCCGCUCCUUAAAUGAACCAUUUAAAAAUUGAAAUAUCACAUAAAUACUUUGUCUUACGGUUAAAAGGGCUUUUUUUUUUUUUUUUUUUAAGCUCGUGAAAAGUUCAGGACACCAAGGAUCAACUAUAUUUAUAACGGAUAUGAAGAUAGAGUGCAAGCCUUCCUUUGUAUGUCUGUAUUUCUUAUUUAGGCUAAGCUAACCGAGGCGAUCGUUACUAACAUGAUUCUGAGAGGUCAUCGGAUCUCUGUCUCCCUUGAAAGCUGAACAAUAACCUCAGCUCGUGUCUGAAAAGGCCUUAAUAUGACACGGCUAAGUUUUACGCUCAAAUGUGCCUUGUUGGUGGGGCAGCGUCUCCGUCCUUACUUGCUCUCAUCCGUUACAAAAACAAAACAGCAGGAUAAAGGGGGAAAUCAAGAAUAAGCAACAGUAGUGAUUCACAUUUGGGAUUUUCUUGUUUUCAUGUGAUAAUGGGAAUGUUUUAAUUUACAAUGCUGGUUGUAGAAUCUUGGAAACACGUUGAAAUCAUCGAUCAUAUGGUUUAGAAAAAAUGACAACUGAGAUGUUAGGGUGGUUCAACAAUUUGGAAGAUGUAUUUCUUCCCGAGAGUCAAAUGACAACCAAAAUUCACCGUUGGUAUUUUCCUGAGAUGUGGCCUGGCAACAGGCCCUGGCCACAAAGUAGUCCGGGGCGUUGCCUGUGUAAAAUGGUGACUUGUGAUUUAACGAGCUUUGCAAACAUGAAGGGGUAGAAACAUUCAUAUUUCCACCAUAAAUCAAAUGUGUUGGUUCCUGAUGCUUUCAGAGCUGCAACGAUCAGCUGAUUAAUUGAUGAGUCUACUGAUGGAAAGUGAAUCUGCUAGUCAGACAAAAACAAGACGUCAGAAGAGGCUGAUAAUGAGAAGCUGAGAUUUUUCACAAUAUUUUCACUUUUGUAAAAGACUGAACAAUGAAUCAAGACAAUAUUGGUCCCACUCGCAGCCUUAUUUGUUUAACUGUGCAGAAGCCUUUGAUUCAUCUUAUGUGGGAUCAUUCAUGUUUGAGUGGUAUCACAGAAUCAGCCCAGCUUCUGGGUGGAGCCUAACACAUGCUGCUGUUUUGUUUGACCUUACAAUGAAUUCCUGUUUGUGUGCACGUGUGGCUCACUGUAUGCUGAAGCUUUUGUUCAGCAAAUCAAUGCAUCAGAGCUGCUUCCUCUCGUCUCCCCCCCCCCCACACAACUAACAGAGUUUAUAUCCUCUGCGACCUGAGAGAGCAUUAUUGUCGAGAGGCAGUGAAUUAUCAGUGUUGUGUGCACUGUAAAGUUGUGUACGGUGACUUUACAGGAUGAAAACUGGAACAAUGAAACCCCCAUGGGAAGCUGAAGGUCGGACACAGUCACCUGAUGCUGCUCAGUCUGACUCUGUGCUACGAGAAAACCCAGAGAGUAGUUGAUUUUCAAGAUGCUACCUCUCGCUGUAUCCUCUUGAUGGGAAACCUACAUUCAAGUUUACCCAGCUUUCGACUUAUUUCACAAAUUCAUUAAUUUCUCACAACUCUUCUCUUCUUCAUAUCUGCUCGAUGAAAACAAUUUCCGAUUUACUUUUUAACUUAUACCUUGUUUUAACCAGGCUCUCUCAAGAUGGAUGCAGACUUCUAUUUGUUUUCUAAAUAACAUCUCUUUAAAAAUAGCUGAAAGGCAGAUAUGGUUUCGUCAGCUCUCUUGAUAAAUACCAGUUGCUUGUGUUUCCUCUGCUGUUCGUGCACUCAUACAAUACACAGAUCUGUUUAUUUAUGUAUUUCAGUUUAUAAAAAUGCUUCUGUGCGUCUGGCAGAUGUGUGAAGAGGAAGACGUAUAUUUCUCCUUGAAGUUGCCGUUCUUGUCUAUGUUGGGAAAAAUCAUUUCAAAGUCCGGAGCCUCUUCUCUGCUUCACCACUCUGUUUCUGUUUCUCCUGCAGUUAUGUAGCAUGCACCCAAAUCCCCAAAUCCCUCAUCAAGGACUCGCUGUACUUUGUCAACAUGUCUUUUUUUUCUUUGGCCCUUUCUGCCUUCUCUCAUUCUCUGGAAUGUCAUCAACAUGCUGACUUUUUAAUAAAGGAAUUCUUUGACUUUUCAA